AUGGGCGAUCUGGAGGAAGACUUCGCCAAGAUCCUCCUGCUCAAGGAGGAGCGGAUCAAAGAGCUGGAGAAGCGGCUGUCGGAGAAGGAGGAGGAGAUCCAGGAGCUCAAGAGGAAGCUGCACAAAUGCCAGUCGGUGCUGCCCGUGCCCUCCACCCACAUCGGGCCCCGGACCACCCGGGCGCAGGGCAUCUCGGCAGAGCCGCAGACCUACAGGUCCUUCCACGACCUCCGACAGGCGUUCCGGAAGUUCACCAAAUCCGAAAGGUCCAAGGAUCUCAUAAAGGAAGCCAUCCUUGACAAUGACUUCAUGAAGAACUUGGAGCUGUCGCAGAUCCAGGAGAUUGUGGAUUGUAUGUAUCCAGUGGAAUAUGGCAAAGACAGCUGCAUCAUCAAAGAAGGAGAUGUGGGGUCACUGGUGUACGUCAUGGAAGAUGGUAAGGUGGAAGUGACAAAAGAAGGCGUGAAGCUGUGCACCAUGGGUCCAGGAAAGGUGUUCGGGGAGUUGGCUAUUCUUUACAAUUGCACCCGGACAGCGACCGUCAAGACUCUUGUAAAUGUGAAGCUCUGGGCUAUUGAUCGACAAUGUUUUCAAACAAUAAUGAUGAGGACAGGACUCAUCAAGCACACCGAAUAUAUGGAAUUUUUAAAAAGUGUUCCCACAUUCCAGAGCCUUCCUGAAGAGAUCCUCAGUAAACUUGCUGACGUCCUUGAAGAGACCCACUAUGAAAAUGGGGAGUACAUCAUCAGGCAAGGUGCAAGAGGGGACACCUUCUUUAUCAUCAGCAAAGGAAAGGUCAAUGUCACUCGAGAAGACUCACCAAGUGAAGACCCAGUCUUUCUUAGGACUUUAGGCAAAGGAGACUGGUUUGGAGAGAAAGCCUUGCAGGGGGAGGAUGUGAGAACAGCAAACGUAAUUGCUGCAGAAGCCGUGACCUGCCUUGUGAUUGACAGAGACUCUUUCAAGCAUUUGAUUGGAGGAUUGGAAGAUGUUUCUAAUAAAGCAUAUGAGGAUGCAGAAGCUAAAGCAAAAUACGAAGCUGAGGCUGCUUUCUUCGCCAACCUGAAGCUGUCUGAUUUCAACAUCAUCGACACCCUUGGCGUUGGAGGAUUCGGGAGAGUGGAGCUGGUCCAGUUGAAAAGUGAAGAAUCCAAAACCUUUGCAAUGAAGAUUCUCAAGAAACGCCACAUUGUGGAUACAAGACAACAGGAGCACAUCCGCUCUGAGAAGCAGAUCAUGCAGGGGGCUCACUCUGACUUCAUUGUGAGACUAUACAGAACAUUUAAGGACAGCAAAUAUUUGUAUAUGUUGAUGGAAGCUUGCCUAGGUGGAGAGCUCUGGACCAUUCUCAGGGAUAGAGGUUCAUUUGAAGACUCUACAACCAGAUUUUACACAGCAUGUGUGGUAGAAGCUUUUGCCUAUCUGCAUUCCAAAGGAAUAAUCUACAGGGACCUCAAGCCAGAAAAUCUCAUCCUGGAUCAUCGAGGUUACGCCAAACUGGUGGAUUUUGGCUUUGCAAAGAAAAUAGGAUUUGGAAAGAAAACAUGGACGUUUUGUGGGACUCCAGAGUACGUAGCCCCAGAGAUCAUCCUGAACAAAGGCCACGACAUUUCAGCCGACUACUGGUCCCUGGGAAUUCUAAUGUAUGAACUUCUGACUGGCAGCCCACCUUUCUCAGGCCCAGAUCCUAUGAAAACCUAUAACAUCAUAUUGAGAGGGAUUGACAUGAUAGAAUUUCCAAAGAAGAUUGCCAAAAAUGCUGCUAAUUUAAUUAAAAAACUAUGCAGGGAUAAUCCAUCAGAAAGAUUAGGGAAUUUGAAAAAUGGAGUGAAAGACAUUCAAAAGCACAAAUGGUUUGAGGGCUUUAAUUGGGAAGGCUUAAGAAAAGGCACCUUGACACCUCCGAUAAUACCGAGUGUUGCAUCACCCACAGACACAAGCAAUUUUGACAGUUUCCCUGAGGACAAUGACGAACCACCCCCCGACGACAACUCAGGAUGGGACAUAGACUUCUAA